UCUGGCAAGCACAGGCAUCACUGUUCCGAUACCACCCCCCCACUUCCCCAUCCAGCUACGGACAAAAUGACAGGUGCUGUGAUGCUGCAGUGGCUUGUAGCAAGCAGGACAGGCACAGGGUGGCCAUCAGCAGGGGCUGGUGGGAAAUCAUCAGGAGCACCUUAGGUGACGUGGUACCAAGAGGAGCACAGAUUACUGCGCAGAGAGGCUGGGUGGGAAAUGACACACACAGCACAGUGCGCUUUGCCAGCCCAAGCCUUGACUGUGGGUCAGCCCAAAGCCACAGACAUAGUGAUUACAUCGACAGAAAGUUAUGAGGUCACUGCCCUGCCUGUGAUUUGUCAGUGGCUGUGCGACUUUGGGAAAGUUUCCGAAUUCUGAGCUGAGGUGCAAACAGUGCCUUGGAGCCCGGGCUGAUGGAGGCAGAAGGUACUGGAGGACCGGAAGUGGGCGUGGCCACAGGUCUAAGUCAAGCUUCACCUUCCCAUCCUGAGUGUCAGGCCCUUCCCUAAGGCUUUGCUUGUUAGAUUCUCUUUCCUGUCUCUCUCUCUGCCACUGCAAACCUGCCUUUGUUUCCAUUUUGUCGGGGUACAAACUGAGUCCCCAAAGUUUGAAUUAGUGGAGGAGCAUGUCAGAGCCUCGUUCACGAAGGAGCUCACUGCCCUGGGCCUCCACACCCACGCCCCUCCCAUGGUGGCCCACUCACAACUCCCUCCCUGAGGUUUGUGCAAAGCUACUCUGAGCAAAGCUGACUCCUGGGCAGGCCAGGGCACGAUCCUGGUGAAAACUCCAGAAAUAGCUUGGAACCUGGCCUGCCCUGGAGAAUGGCCAGUAGGGUGUCUGACCUGGACAGCUGGGCUGGCGCUGCCCCACUGCCUGGAGCCUUCUUGAUCCUCCUCUGCAGCAGCCAAAGGCCUCCCUAUCUACCAAGCCUGAGCCAGGUUUCCUUUGAAAGGACGGAGAAGCAGGUGGGGUGGUGCAGAGUGUCAUAAAAUGAUCAACCCGAGAAAUCCCACCUUCUCCUGAGGAAAGGAUAGAAGGGAAAGGGGACACACAGCUGUUCCGGCUUAGGGCACUCGCCCUUGCUGAGUUCCUUUCCAGUAAGAGCCGGGAUUUCCCUUACCUUUAUGGAGUUACUGCUUUUAUUCCAUGAACACAUAUGCUACAACAGGCAUAUACAAGUCAGAGGACAUUUGAAGGAGCCAGUUCUCCCCUUCCACGGUGAGGCCAGAGGAUUGAACUCAGAUCACCAGGCUUGUAUGGCAAGCACUUUUACUCCAAGCCAUCUCUCUGACUCCAACUUCAUCACUUGGAAGUGUACAGAAACUCCACACUCAACAAAGUCAUUUCGCACCCUCAAGCUCACCCUUUCCUGGCAGCUUCCACUCCUCCCGUUCCUAGAGUUUUGACUCGAUGUUCGUAGAAGCAGUGUCUGCUUCACUGUAUUCGGCUCACUGUACUCAGCCUGACUCUUCCAUUUCCCUCCUGAUGCAGCUGUCGGUCAGCUUUCCCUCUUAAAGGCCGGAUAACUUACUGGUCAUGUGUCUUAUGUUUCUUUACCCAUUCAUUCGAUGAUGGGUUGCACCCACAUUUUGGCUGGGGUGACUAAUGCUGCUGGGGUUUCAUCGUGAGGGUUUCUGAUGGCAUGCACGCUCUUGGUCCUUUGAGAGGAGUCUUUAGAAGUGUGGUUCUUUUGGUGUUGGUUCUGGUCACUCACUGCAAGGAACUGCCGUGUUGUGCUUUUCACUCUCAUCCCUGCUGCAGGGGGUUCUAAAGCUGCACCUCUCACUGACACUUGAUGCCUUAAUAGUGUGUGCUUUGGAUAGGAUCUAUGUUAAUGGGUGUGACACUGUGUUGCUGUGAUUUUUAUUUGUAUUUCCUUAAAUUCAUUGGCUCUUUAGAAAGUGUGUGUGCGUGUGUGUGUGUGUGUGUCCCAGGCUGGCUUCAAACUCAUGAUCCUCCUGCCUCAGCCUCCUGAGUGCUGAGAUUAAGGUAUGCGCCCGCGUGCCUGGCUUGUUUUCUUUGUGGGAAUGUUGCUUCAAGUGACUGAACUUUCAGCUGUCCCCACACCGCUGCUCUGGUCCUUGCAGCAUGCUGGUGGAGGCCUUCCCCAGAGCUCAGCCCUGGAGGAGCGGGUCCAUCACCAUCACAGCUCUCAUUCUGAUGGCAGCUGUCCUGCCUUGGGCCUGUUUUAUAGUGGGGGAAACUGAGGUAUGGAGAAGUUUCCUGCAGCAGCGGUUUAGGUGGGGUGGGCCAGAGCCCUGAAGAUUUUGGCUCUGCAUCUUUGGAGGAAGAACAGGGCAUGGCUGGAAGUAUCCAGGCUGGAGCAGGGUGAUAGAAGGCUGAGAGAGGGCUGCAUGUGGGAAGGGAAGAGUAAUGUGGUAGCCUAGGGGAGACUUGGCACUCAGGGAUCCUGGUCUCCCCUGCCCCCAGCUAAUUAGUAGUUACAAGGGGAAAUGGCCAGUCGGUCAGCUGAUCACCAAGAUCUUGUCAAAUGUUCCUGUGAGGUAGGUGUGCUGGGGACAUAGGGGCCCUUCUGUGCUCCUUCUUUACUGCGCCCCUCCCUUCCUCCUUGUCUCCUGUGUGUGUUUGAUGUGUAUAUCUUGAUGCUGGCCUGUGCCUCCUUCAGCCUCUGGGAUCAUCGAUGUUUUCUCUCGUUUGUUCCUGGGAGGGGGCAAAUGUGGCAGAGUGCUGGGGCUCAGCAGUGGGCAGCUAGGAAAUGAAUGACAGAUAAGUGAACACUCGGGAUGGCAAGAUCAGCAGAGGUGCUUGGAGGAGAGCAAAGGGGGCAAGAAGGUCUGUGGGGGCCUCACAGGGUAGACAGGGAGGGCUCUCAGAGGAGAUGACCUUUGAAAUAAGGGUUGAAGACAGUGAGGGAAGAGGCUCUAGCUGGUGCAAAGGCCCCAGGGCAGGGAAGACCUUUGUAAAGGACUAGCCAGGAGGGCUUUGCGGCCAGGCCAAGAAUGACACCGUGGAUGAGGUGGUAGAGCUGGGCAGAGACCAGGGCUGCACAGGGGCUAGGCCAGCACAGCGGUAGUGAAGACUGAUCUGCUAGGAAGACACUGCCCCUGUUACUUCAUGUUAUAGCUGAGGGAGCUGUAGCCCCAAACACAGCUGGAUAUGUUUCCAUAGGUGGCAGCGCCUUACGGAGCCUAAGCAAACUGGCUGGGGGUCUUAUGGAAUUUCCCAGGAGGCAUAUUCUGUCUCCUGUUUCUCUCUUCCCCAUGUCCAAACUUGGGUUCAAAUCCCACUUCUGUCAUUUCCUGACUGUGUGAUCUCAGACAGGCAACAGCACUCCUCUGUGCCUCCGUUUUCUCAUCUGUAGAAUGGGCACAAAGGCAGACGCUCCCUCAUAGGUGGGUAUAAGAAUGAAAUGAGUUCACAUAUAAUUUGAGCUAGGCAUGGUGGUGCACACAUUUAAUCCCAGAAGGAUGGCUAAGGCAGGAGGAUGGAGAGUUCCAGAAUGGCCUGUGCUAAACUGUAAGACCCUGAUUAAAACAAACAUUCAUCCUCCACUAAUGGCAACAACAACAAGCUUCAAACGAUGUCUGGUGGCAGACAAAUGUGCAGAGACCACUGUGCUUCGCCUUUGACAAGUGCAGUCUUCGUAGUUCCCAGUGCCAGUGCCUGAGGCCAGUUCCAAGCCUGUCCCUUUGCUGUCCUGGAAGGGUCAGGCAGUGAGCUGGCAGGCAGGCCAUAGUGGGUUACUUGUACCCCGUCCCUAUUAAUAUCCAGGACUGGGGGGGGGGGGGAACUUCAGUGCUCAGAGGGAAGGAAAGUGGCCCGGAACCACUUCCUGUCGCCUCCUCCCCAGCCCCUCCUGUACCAUAGGAGGGCUUUGCCAGGGCUGGGGUCUGAGGCCUUGAAGGCUAUCCUUCCCCUGAACCUCACAAUACCCUGGAAAGUGACAAAAGCCUUGGGCUGACAGAGGGCACAGGUGGGGCCCUCCUAGGCACCCCCCCCAGCAGGGUUGUAGUCUCCCACUGUUAAAUAUGGGUCUUAGAUUGCUGACCUCCUGCUGUUCAAGCGUUAGCCGGGCCAUCUCCUGCCACCCCCGCCGUGGCUGUCCCUCUAGCCUUCCAGCUGGCGCGGAGCUGUAGUCAGCACCCUCAAGCCUUGAGAGCUCACAGUGGGCUGUCCCCCAAGGUCCCACUCUUCUUGUUCAUGGGACUGUCGCCUGGCCACCUGCUGGCACACAGGAGGAUAGGGUAGCGUGAAGUAGUGGGAGGGAAAGUACCCAGGUUGGAUUCCCCCCGCCCCCACCCCGGUUGACUCUGGGCAAGUGACUCAGCCUGGCCUGUCUGGGGUUUCCAUUCGUCAACGUGGAUGACAAUGGAGUUGCCUCAUAGGAAGGCUACCCAGACCACAGUAGUCCUCACUAUGCCCCGUUUAAUCACGGAAAGAUUAAAUGUUCAGGAAGGGCACUUUCUCGUGCCUGGCGGUGAACAUCAAGUAGAAUCCCGCACGACUCAAACGUCAAACGUGCUGCCGGCCUUGCAGGCUCCGGCUAGGAAAAGAGGGGGCGCGGUUCCUGGCAGGAUCCCUCACCGGCGGGUUCACCUGCCAGGCCCCGGAAAUUGCGCAAACGCCGGCUACCUGAGCCAGGUGGGCGGGAGACGUGCCGGCUGCUGGCAGGAGGCGGCCUGCGGAGCCAGUCGAGCCCGGCAUCCAGCUGCCAACUUUGUCCCUGUAUCUGUCUCCUCGCCUCUGCCCUCGGGGUAUGUAACAGCCAUGCCUGUGGACACGCUGAGCCCUGGAGCCCCUGCCGCUCCCUCCCUCCCUUUUCGCCUACGAACCAAGGUCCCCAGCUACCUGCUACCAAAGCCAGCUGAUGGGAGAGCCCGGAAGCCGAGCGCUGUGGAACGCCUGGAGGCCGAUAAGGCCAAGUACGUCAAGAGCGUGCGUGUGGCCAACACCCGUCAGGAGCCUGUGCAGCCCCCGCUGGCCAGGCAGCCCCUCUUCAGCCCUGGCCCUCGCAGCUCAGUGCUCACGCCCAGCCGCCGAGCUGUGCCCUGUCCCGGACGCCGGCCCCAACUGAACCUCGACAUCCUUAGCAGCCUCAUCAACCUGUGUGAUAGUCCCGUGUCCCCAGCUGAGGCCAGCCGAACGCCUGGGCGGGCAGAAGGAUCUGCUCGUAAGGUCUCACCAGCCACUGCUCCUCGUCCACCGCCUAAUACGGUCGCGGUGCGCCGAGUGGACGUUCGUCCCCUGCCUGCCUCACCUACUCGGCCCUGUCCAUCACCUGGCACUACUGCCACUUCCAGCCCGGGCCGGCCCCCUGGUCUGCAACGCUCCAAGUCGGACCUGAGCGAGCGCUUUUCCAGGGCAGCAGCAGACCUUGAGCGCUUUUUUAACUUCUGCGGCCUGGACCCAGAGGAAGCGCGAAGAUUGGGGGUUGCUCACCUCGCAAGGACUAGCUCGGACAUUGUGUCUCUCGCCGGGCCAAGUGCCGGGCCUUGCAGCUCUGAAGGGGGCUGCUCCCACCGCAGCUCUGUUACCGUGGAGGAGCGGGCCCUGGAGCGUGUCCCCUACGGGGUGUCUGUGAUUGAACGCAAUGCCCGCGUGAUCAAGUGGCUGUAUGGGUUGCGGCAGGCACGUGACCCUCCUGCCACUGAGGGCUAGGCCUCCUGGACUCAGGCUCACCGGAAGGACAUCGUGGAGUGACAGUUGGCACCUUGUCCUUUCUUAUAUCCACUGGCUGACUUCCUGCAGACUCAGAGGCAGCUAGCUUCUUUGGGUAAACUUGGUGUAGAGACCAAGACUUAGGACCUAGACCAGCAUCCUCUGGCAAGCAAGGACUGACCUGCAGAGGGUUGCUGUUGCCCUUGGCCUCCCCCACUUCCUAACAAGGUUUGUGACACCAGUGUGCUUCUGCCUGGUUCCUCUGGUGAGGCUGGAUUUGGGCCACUUACCUCCCACUGAACUGGGUAUCAAGUGCUUUUCCGAGUCUGUCUGCCCCGGGGCUCUGUUUCCUCCUUCCUUCUCUGUCCUCCUUUGUUGACUUCCUCUUCCUCACCCAGUGGGCCCUGGGUUCCUGGAAACUCACCCUGGGGAGGAGGUUGAGAGGGCUGGUCCUGGCUAUCGUUUUUCCUGGUCUUCAGCAGUUGGCCUGGGUGGGUAGACUGGAAAAGGGACUGGCUAGAAGCCUGCUGCUCUGACUUCCCUUUGGUUAAUAAACACAAAUGUUUGUUUCUCAA